AUGAACUUCAGUGUGGCCCCAUGUGACAACUUUUACGAGUACGCGUGCGGCAACUAUCCGCGUGCCAAAACAGAUCACUUCUCCGUAAAUCGACGAAAUAACAGGAUAGACUUGACGUUUACGCUGAACGAUAUCACAGUUCAGCUGCUGGGUCGGACGUAUCUGGCGGAGACCCUCAAUGUGUCUAGGGAGCUGGUGGUAGCCCAACGCUUCUACAAUGCCUGUAUAGGGGCAGAGAUCGUGCCGUUUCCGGCGGCCGAUCCCGCAUACCUGGCCCUCAUUAGAUCGUCAGGAGGAUUCCCCGCAGUCGACGGUGCCGCCUGGAAUGCAUUCGAGUUCAGCUGGCUCAACAUGAGCUCCCACUUGACCAACUACGGAGCCAACGGACUGAUCUAUGAGAAACUCGUCGGUCGAUAUCCCUUUGAGCCUUACUUUAGUCUGCCUCGGCUUGGAUUCGACCACAUCGUCGAUGCGAUCAAUAUUGCCAGCAAUGACUCUCGGGCCUUCCAGCUCAAUGAUAAGCGGAUGAGAGGCUAUCUACAAGCCUACAAUCUGUCUGAGGAGAGGAUUACAGAAGUUAUCAGCGGGGUGUUUGCCUUUUGGCGUGACACACUUAAGGUGACCAAAAAUUUCAAUGAACACUGCGUGCCUUUCUCGUCUGAAAAGGGCUUGGACGCAUAUCCCCCGUUAAGGAACUACUACGAGAUCGCCUGGAACGGGGUGAACCUCAUCGAACACAAAGACUGCUACGCUUUCUUCGCAGAACUGGACAAGGUUUGCAACCAACACCCAGAGGCCGUUGCUAACUAUCUGGCGAUGCAGUUGCUCUACGUAUUCGAUGCCAAGCUGACGGAGGCCAAGUACCAACAGGAGCACUGUGCUAGUCUGGUUCGGGAGUCCAUGACGUUCCUCCUAGACAAACUCUACAUGCUGGAGCACUUUAGCGAGGAGAAACUCUUGGAGGUAUCGGAAAUAGUGCUGGAGGUGCGGAAAAUUUUUCGAAAAACGCUGGAAGAAGCAGAGUGGCUAGACGAAGAGUCACGAGAGACAGCGCUGCUCGAGGAGUCCACUCUGAAGGCGAUCGUCGGAUCUCUCCAGAACAAAGCGCUUACCGAUCGGUUGACAAGGGAGAUUGCAAGUGUGAAAAUCGUCGAGGACAGCUUUGCAACAACUAAUAUUAACUUGGCAAGGCACAGUAUAAAGACCAACCGCUUCAGCAGCCUUCACUUCGAGGAAUUGGCCAAUGACACCCGGCCACAAGCUGUUUAUCUAGGAAUGCAGAUCCUAAAUGCCUACUUCAUCAAUGACCACUCCUUUUAUUUGAUGGCCGGUAGCCUGGAACCACCCAUCUACCACCGAGCGUGGCCCCAAUCCUUAACAUUCGGCAGCCUGGGUUACAUUGCAGGCCACUUAAUCAUGCAUGGUUUCGACACGACCUGCUCCCUAUACGAUAAGUUGACGAAGAAGAUGCAACGCGUGUUUGACCUUCGAACCUCUUGCUUUAUCGAGCAGUACAGCAACUAUACUAUACCAGAGAUAGGCCUCAAUAUGGACGGCGUUAAGACCAAAGAUAGAAACAUCGCCGACAAUGAAGGGCUGCGGCAAGCAUUCGCCGCCUACCGCAGCCACAUGAAGCAACAAAUGUGGGUUCAUCCAGAGCAGCAGAAGGUCAGCGGACAGAUGCCAGGCCUAGACCUCAAUCCGGACCAGCUCUUCUUCCUGGGCUUUGCGCAACUCUGGUGUUCCGAUUUCCAGGAGGAGCACUACUACUCAUUUCUGAACAACGGCUUCACCAUCGACAAAUACCGUGUCCUGGGCGCACUAUCCAAUAGCGACGACUUUGUCCAGGCCUACAACUGUCCCGUGGGAAGUAGAAUGCGCCCUGAAACUAAAAGUUGUCGCCUAUGGUAG